AGGCGCGGCCAGAGCGGCCGUGGUGCGGGCGCGUCUACUGUGAGGCGCGUGGUAGUGAUGGCGGCGCUCAGCGAGACUUUCCUGUCACUGGAUACUACUACUCCCAGCCCUCCUCUAAGCCGCCGGAGCAACCCCCUGGUCUGUAGUUUACAAGUGGCAAUUUGACUCGCUCCGCUGCAUGUCUGGAGGGACCGUGGAAAGUGUGGAGACGCCCCGGGGAUUAAGCGAUCGCAGCUUAAAAAGAAAAAAAGCCAAACAAAUAAACAAAACCCACCCACCCUAGGAAACAUGAGGCUGCUGGAGAGAAUGAGGAAAGAAUGGUUCAUGAUUGGAAUAGUGCUGGCGAUCGCCGGAGCCAAGCUGGAGCCAUCCGUGGGGGUGAACGGGGGACCACUGAAGCCAGAAAUAACUGUCUCCUACAUUGCUGUUGCGACGAUAUUCUUUAAUAGUGGACUAUCAUUAAAAACAGAGGAGCUGACCAGUGCUUUGGUGCAUAUAAAACUGCACCUUUUCAUUCAGAUCUUUACACUUGCAUUCUUCCCAGCAACAAUAUGGCUUUUUCUUCAGCUUUUAUCAAUCACACCCAUCAAUGAAUGGCUUUUAAAAGGUUUGCAGACAGUAGGUUGCAUGCCUCCCCCUGUGUCUUCUGCAGUGAUUUUAACCAAGGCAGUUGGUGGAAAUGAGGCAGCUGCAAUAUUUAAUUCAGCCUUUGGAAGUUUUUUGGCAACUGAGAAUUGUUGUCAGAAACAAACAUGGAAACAUGAGAAGCCUAAGCACAGUUUCUGGCAUGUAAGAGGCAUGCAGAAGGUAUAUGCAAAAUGGCCUGCAAAUGCCGAAGGAGCCAUAAGACCAAAGAGAAAGGCCAGCAAGUCCAGCUUGGGCAUCAUUAUAACACCCCUGCUACUGCUGCUUUUUCUUGGCUCGUCCUCUUCUGUGCCUUUCACAUCUAUUUUUUCUCAGCUUUUUAUGACUGUUGUGGUUCCUCUCAUUAUUGGACAGAUUGUCCGAAGAUACAUCAAGGAUUGGCUUGAGAGAAAGAAACCACCUUUUGGUGCUAUCAGCAGCAGUGUUCUCCUCAUGAUCAUCUACACAACCUUCUGUGACACGUUCUCUAACCCAAAUAUUGACCUGGAUAAAUUCAGCCUUAUUCUCAUACUGUUCAUAAUAUUUUCUAUUCAGCUGAGUUUUAUGGUUUUAACCUUCCUCUUUUCAACAAGGAAUAACUCGGGUUUCACACCAGCAGACACUGUGGCUAUCAUUUUCUGUUCUACACACAAGUCCCUCACACUGGGGAUUCCAAUGCUGAAGAUUGUGUUUGCAGGCCAUGAGCACCUCUCCCUGAUAUCCGUGCCCUUGCUCAUAUACCACCCAGUUCAGAUCCUUCUGGGAAGUGUGUUGGUGCCAACAAUAAAGUCUUGGAUGGUGUCGAGGCAAAAGGGAGUAAAGUUGACGAGGCCAACAGUAUAACAAAGGAGGCACCCUUUAUGCAGCGAUGUAUAUAUGUACAGGAUUGUACAUACCAACAGUUCUGAAGACUUGUACUUGUGAAUGUUGCUUCGAUGCAUAUUUUAUUUUUUUACACAAAAAUAUGAUAUAACAGUUUAAGUGCCUUAAAAUGUAUUUGACAGGAGCGUUAUUUACAAAACCUACUUUGUUGGGUUACUGCCAGGGGUGGUACUGGAUUUUGGAGUGGUUUGAUUUUUUUUUUUUUUUUUUUUUUUUUUUUUUUACCAACACAGGAAACCGUGAUUGUGACAAAAAGCAGACAUGCUUUCCUCAUACCACCUUUGGUGCAGUACAACUCUAUACUAGUUACUGUGCUGUUUGAAAUGAGGUCACACCAUCAGGAAAAAUGCCCUUCUGAUGACAGUGAAAACUUCCAAAGUCUUAUUCAUGAAUACUUUGAUUUACUGUGUGAUUCUUUGUUUCUACAUCUGUGACAUGCCUCUUCCUUAUCAACUCAGCAGGGGUCAUAGAUUGAAUAGAUGCUGAAAGGCAUAAGUUAUCUGCAUUUCUUGACAUCGUUUUUUUUAGACAUUCCUUCAAAUAGUUUCCACACAGAAAUUCCUCAGUCCCAUUAUAAGAGAUUGUGGUGUUAUAUGUCUUAAAUUUAUUAUAAGCUGCUUCAAAGAAAGAACCUGAUGUUUGAGUUAUAAGGAAGUGAAGUUUUGAGGUAAACUACAGGACUUGGUAUUCAGGAUUUUUAAAAUUAUAGUUCAUGUAUUUUCCCUUUUUCUGCCAUGAUUUCUUUCUUACCUGUUUUCCAGCAUACUUGCAAACUCGUAAGCACCAAAUGUGAGACAUAAAAACGUUACAGUUCGUUUGAGAACAGCAACAAUUAAUGAUGGAUUAUAUUCACAUUCCACAAUGGAGACCAAAAUUUUUUCUUGUUGCACAGAUGUCUGAGCACAAAUUGCCCCUUUUAGCCAGAAGCAGCCUGUUUCAUCCUUGAAUUAAACACACUUAAGGCACUUGAGACAAGUUAUUAAUGAAAAUUUCCUUGGCAGAUUUGACAAAUGUUUGCAGCAAUUUUUCAAAAUUAAAUCAUAUUGUUCUUAUGAAUAAAUAAAAAUAUAAAGGUCAUGGACACAAACAAAUGUUACAUAUACACAUUCUGUCUAACCAGAUGGAAAGAAAAAUGGGCACAGAAAAUGCAAGACCAUCCAUUCACCAAAAUAUCAAAUAAAAUGAGUCCCCAGUUGGGCACCAGCUUUCAAAGGAAUAUUCAACGUGUGCUUCUACUGUGGCUGGACAACCUUGCACUGGACCCAAAGAGAGAAUAAAGCGAUAUGUAGAAUUAGAGGACACUUUUCCUGUUUCCUGCACAGCAUUCCGCACGGCCUUUCUUGAUUUGACAGAUGGUAUUGGAAUCCUGGGUCACACUGAGGCUGACUCUGUCCUCAGCAGCUCUGUUGUUAUUUGGUCAGCGACAAAAAAAAAAUCAUUCCUUAGGAACCUGCCAGGGUUAUCAGUAAUGUGAAUUUAUAUUAUUGUCACUACCAGGUCUCAUGUCGUGUUACUUCUGACCAUUAUUAUUGAACCUCAUAAAUUUCACAAGAGUUAUCCUCAGUGUAAAUUUUAAGGCUAGCGCCAGACUCUGCAAAAAUCUGUGAUGAACAGGCAGUUUGUCAAGAAUUUCACCUAUGUUUGAAAUUCCAGUAAUUUUGCUCGGUACUUUUGAUGCUCACAAAUGGAGCACAGAAAGGUUUUUUUCACAUUUUGUUCCUACAAGCUUCUUUGAAUUUCAGAGGAAAUGGGAUUAUCUGUCCAUCUGUCUGAGCUAUAAAAAUCUUUCUCCCUAGCAUUAGAAUACUGAUUUUUUUCUCCCCAACUUAUCUACCUCUAUUGUCUAACACCUACAAUAGGUGUGAUUAUGGGAUAAGGUUCAACUGAAAAUGCUAUAACAUUUUAUUUUUUGCUUUAAAAGAUGUGUUUUGUUUCAAAUAUCUCUACAUAGUGCAUUUUGGUGGCUUUAGUGAUACGCUUAUGCCUAUUUCUUUUUUUACACAAAUACUAUGGCAUAUUUUUCCAUAAAGAAUAAAAAAAUAAAAUCAAAAUUUAUUUGUAAUUCAGCUUAUUGGGAUCUAAUUUUUCACCUCAAAAUAUUUUAUUAUGUGUUAUGCACUGUCAGGCUAUCCAUGUAUGCAUUUUUUUGUCUAAAUGUAUUUAUAAAGGAAAUACAUUAGAGUGGUGAUAUUUAUGUUUACUCAUUUUUCCACCAGGAUUAUUUUUACAUGGUUGUUAAUGAAAUUUGAUUUUUUUAAUGGAUAAUAAUGUUAAUCUUUCCAUGUGUUCUUUUCUAAGUUUUAAAUUUUAUAUUUUUCAAAAAUUCUUCCCUAUUCUGUUUAAAACUAACACACCUCUGGCUAAUGUUCAGUGUUUGUUUAUGCUAAAUACCAAAUUUUUACAAAAGGAUUGGUGACAUAAUAAAAUGGAUUAUUUAUGAUGAAUGGAA